AGAGCCGGUUUUCGUGAGCCUUGCCUUCGCUUGUGCAGAUAUUUGUGUCUAUCGGACGGCGUUUCUCGGUAAUACUAUUUGUGUGGUGUUGCACGAAGCAUUUUUAGGACUACACUUCCAACUGAAGAGCAGCUUUUUGUAAAAUCAAAAUGCUUGUUAGAGGAACCAUUCAUUUUCUGCGCGGCUGCUCGCGGCCGCUCAGCACGAGCGCCACCUGCCGGGCGCAGGUGAUGGUGCGCGACGCGCUGAACGGCGCCAUGGACGAGGAGAUGGCGCGCGACGAACGCGUCUUCCUGCUGGGCGAGGAGGUGGCCCAGUACGAUGGCGCCUACAAGGUGUCGCGCGGCCUCUGGAAGAAGUAUGGCGACAAGCGCGUCAUGGACACGCCCAUCACCGAGUCCGGCUUCGCCGGCAUCGCCGUCGGUGCCGCCUUCGCGGGGCUGCGGCCAAUCUGUGAAUUCAUGACUUUCAACUUUUCCAUGCAAGCUAUCGACCAGGUGAUCAACUCGGCAGCCAAGACCUACUACAUGUCUGCCGGCCUGAUGAACGUCCCGAUCGUGUUCCGCGGCCCGAACGGCGCGGCGGCCGGAGUGGCGGCACAGCACUCGCAGUGCUUCGCUUCCUGGUACUCCAGCUGUCCCGGCCUCAAGGUCGUAUCCCCGUACAGCUCCGAGGACGCCCGCGGUCUGCUCAAGUCGGCCAUCCGCGACCCGGAUCCGGUGGUAUUUCUGGAGAACGAGCUGAUGUAUGGCCUGCCGUUCGAAGUGAAGGAGGAGCUGCUGAAGGACCGCGACUUCCUGGUGCCCAUCGGCAAGGCCAAGAUUGAGCGCGAAGGCUCGCACGUGACGCUGGUGGCGUUCUCGCGUCCGGUGGGCAUCUGCCUGGAGGCGGCCGAGCAGCUGGCUGCCCAGGGCAUCGAGUGCGAGGUGAUCAACCUGCGCACGGUGCGGCCGCUCGACAUGGCCACCGUCGAGAAGUCCGUCACCAAGACGCACCACUGCCUGACUGUGGAGCAGGGCUGGCCGCAGUGCGGCGUCGGCUCCGAGAUCUCCGCCCGCAUCAUGGAGUCUCCGGCCUUCUACGAGCUGGACUACCCGGUGACGCGGCUGUGCGGCGCCGACCUGCCGAUGCCGUACGCCAAGAGCCUGGAGGAGGCCGCCCUGCCCACCGCCGCCGACAUCGUCGCGUCAGUGAAGAAAGUCCUCAACGCGUCGUGAGCUGGACCUGCUCGAGGUUUCGGGGACGGCAGGCGUGGCCGCCUCCACCGUGAAGCGCACCCGGCCCCGGCCCCGCACAGCAGCGCUAGGCCCGUGUGGUGGUGGUACCGGUGUUACUGAUCGUGUCUGAGCGUGUUUUAUGUUUGGCAGAAUGUACGGGGGGGGGGGGGGGGGGGGGGGGCAGAGUGUACGGGGAGACGCGGCGUCCUGCUAGUUUGGCCAUGCGCAACACCCAGCUUACUUCAGCGGGCCCUGAGCUUGGCACGAACGUUUUGACGACGAGUGGGUUUUUCUCAGGUGGGCGCUGACGGUGCAAUAGCGCGCGAACCUCAUAGUGGAGCUCACUGCUUCUGACGCGUGUCAUGCGGUUGAUGUGGUCAUGUGGUCCGGGUCAUUUGGCCGUGAUAUCCGUGUUGUAUACAGAUCGAGUCUGCGC